AUGGUCAAGGCGUGGGACCAUCGAGAAACAGAAGGUCUUGGUGUAAUAAAGGAUGAAUGGAACAAGAAAGAUGAGGAGUGCAUCGAGGAGCUCGAGGAUGACUUGCAGAAAAUUCAGACAUAUCCAAAAUUGAUUAAGUGGAGUAAUGUGCAGUCUUACAUUCCCCCGAUUCCCGUCGAGAAGAAAAAAGAUACUAAUCGUUCCAUCGAGGAGGACAAAGGUAGUAAUCUCUUUUCAUUGUUUCUGUUGUUAUUAGGUCAUAACAUCGGGCAAUGCUGGUCUCAACUGUAUGGUGAUGAGGAUCUCUUUCCUAUUGUGAAUUCAGAUGAAGAAGAGUCGACCGCAAUAGCCGCUGGAACCAAGAAGAAACGGAAAAGACUCGUGAAGAUCUCUGAGAAGGAGAAGAAAAAGAAAGCAGAUGUGCUCUCCUCGAAGUCGACGGCGCAAGGAGAGAAUACCAUGCCUCCUGAAGAGUUAGCCUCGGUGCAGGCGAGAUAUAAUGAGUUGGACGAGAAACUGAGAGCUUUUGCUGAUCUGCAUAUCUCGAGGGAGGACCUUCAUAAAUGGUGUACUGCAUUUUGGUUCAGGAUGUUAUCUUCAGGUGGCAUGGCAGUGGCCAUUGAGGAGGUUAAUCUGGCAGCCACAGAGUACGGGUCUCAUAGAGUAGCUGUUGCAGGUCUUAAGAGGCUUAGCAGAGACAGACCAAUCAAGGCCAAAUGGUUCAAACAAUUCCUGGAAAAGAGCCCUAGGAAAACCAUGUAUGAUGCUUUGGUAAAGGUCCUCACGAAGCUCAGUAGUGAGCAGUUGCCUUUAUGGGAAGUUCUGUGCGAUGCCCUCGUCAAGAUGGGUUCUCCUGAAGAUAUGGCCGUGUUCCCCGGUGAUCCCGCCAUAGUCUUGUCUAAGAGUCCAAGCGAUGAGAAGCUGAUUCCUGAGGUGCCAGAUGAGUAUACGGCAUCGAGCUCGAGGAAGAAGAUGAUGAGGCCUUGGGAGAAGACGUGUCCGACACUGGCAACUCUAGAGGGCAGAAGAACGCUGGAGAGGUAUCUCCGAGUCAUCCCAAGAAUGGUUCUACUGGGCAAGAUGCUGUAA